UUAAUACCAGAUAUUUGCUUAAAAACAUAACUUAAUCUAGAUUUACCAUAGUCAUUAUUGUUUAGUAAAAUGAAUAUACAUAUUGCUGUGCUUAGGAUCAGUGUUUGUACUUAAAACCUUUUUAGGAGAUAGCUCCCAUUGAGUUAUUGAAGGACUAAUUUUUUAUCAGUUUCUAAAUAUUUGAUCGCAUCUGUAUACACCUAUCACUCUGACAAACACACUUAUCCUGGGAAAGCGUAUAACGGUAACGUUUGUCCUUUGUGGCAAAUUUUUUUCCAGCUGCCAGAGGGAAGGGGGCCACUAAAGCGAGAGGGCGACAGUAUUGGCGUGCAUAUUGCAUGCGGCGACAGGUGGGUGGAAGGGAGAGGGCACGAGGGGGGUGUGCAAAGAGAUAGAUAAGUAAUUCCAUGGAGCAUGCAGCGCGGUUGGAUGUCGAUUGGGAGUUCAGAGGCUCCCAGCAUUGAAUUGGUGUUAAGCACGAACCGAACGAAAUGGAAAUGGAAAUGAGAGAACGAGACUGAGAAUGAAAAUCAGCAGUUGUCAUUGUCAUUGGAAUUGGUUGUGGAAAUGGGGGAAAUUGGGGGGAUGUGGGCGGUCCCAAAGGCAAAAAGGGAGAUGAAAGACACGCCAUCGAAAGGAGAGUCCACCUGAGUUCAUCCAGUUGCCGCUGUUCACUGCAACUGCUCGGUUCGGAUUCGCUCCUGCUCUUUUCACCGUUAUUCCGGGAGAGUUUAUCCGGGGAAUUUUCCGGUUAUCCAAAAGGGGCCUUCGUGUGAUUUACCUGUGAUUACAACAAACUGAUCGUGCUGAAAUCUAGUGCAUUAAAAUAUAAUGGAUAUACUAAAUUAGAGCACCGUAUCGACAUCUAACUAAUUGUGGAGGCUAUCCCUCAUUAACCGAUCGUGCUGAAAUUUAGUACCGGUGUGAUAUAGAGAUCAUUCUAAACAUCCGUCAUGUCCAAUCAACUAUUUUUCCUGAGCUUGGCGGACAUAUUCUCGGUUUACCCGGCCAUUUUCAAGGAGCAGAGCAAGAAGCUAAAGAAGACGAAGCAGAUCUAUCUGCCCAGCGAUGAAGAGUGGCAGGACAAGAUGUACUACAUGCUAUUGGAGAUCCAGCGCCACGUGAACGACUCGUCCGAUGAUACCCUAUCCCUACACGACAUAAAUAAGAAGGAAAAACCUAUGUUUGAUCCGCUGCGCAUCACCAAGAUCCUUUCUCCGGGAGUAAGUCCAAAUGGACGACGAAGCAGGACCCUGAAAUACUGCCAUUCCACUACGGUCAAGGUCAAACUGAAGGCUGGAGCUCGUUGGACAUUGCCCACCAUUGCCAAUGCUGCAAAACUUCUUCGCAAACCACCGAUUUUAGUGAACUUUCAAAAUGAGCAUGAGAUGCGAUUGGCCUUCUCCUUGAUUUACGAUGUUUUUAGAUAUAAGGUUGUUAUGUCGAAUGCCUUGAAUGAUGUCUGCUUUUUUGAACAACACAAGGAGUACAAAAACGACGAACAAAGGAUAUGGUUAAUGCUCUUCGAACUCUACGAUCGUCAGUUCAAAGGUCGUAAUUCCGAGGAGAAAGAUCUCCAAGCGAGUCUUUACAAAGAGUCGGAAGUGACUGACCUCGCUGAUGUCCUUUGGCAACAUCGUGUUCGACUGGCAGCAUCGAUUUCCCGGAUGAGGAUUCGGGUGGGAGCUCUUAAGCUUUCCCAACUGCUACCCAUCCACCUCCAGAAUGAGAAAGUGGCCAUCGCAGCUGCUAAUCCUGUGGUCACCGGUUGGAUUAAUCCCUUUUUAGUGCGAAACAAAGAAGAGGCGGAUAAGAUCCUUACCGAAAUGGGCUUUACUGUCCACGGACCGGACGAUGAGGAACAGCUUCUGGUGCAGCACUGUAAGUGGGACAAUAUAUGUCCUCUGGUCAUAUCCUGUAUUCCCAAGGACCGCAGCGAGUUCACUAAAUCCGUGCUGAUGACUAAGCAUUACUUUAUAAUGCAGGACAAGAACUUUACUUUUGGUCCGGCCAUUAUGUCCAAGUUGAUGGAUUACUUUGAAUUGGAUGGCGAUAUAUUGCAGACGCAUAUAGGUUCCCCUCGAUCCACCGCAUAUUUGGCAGCACUUUUCUACUCCAUCAAUCGGGUGAAUAACUUCUAUGUUUAUGGAGCCGGUGCAAAUCUGAAAGAGUACCGUCGUUAUAUGGAACUCAUAGGGGUUAACAAUAUCCGACUGUUUGGCGAUGCAUUCACCUCGUUUCCUAUGGAAUCUAAUCGAUUUAGAACGGUUGUGGGAAUAUUCGCCACUCCACCAAACUCUUUUAGUGCCAUUUCGGAUCCCAUCGAUUUGAUUUGUUCGAGGGGUGGAGAUCUGAGUAUGCUGGAGGUGCUAACGGAAUCGGAGGUCAGCGAUGAAGGUCGCCAGCGGGUGGCCAUGAUCCUCGAGGAGCAGCUGCUGACCCUCACCAUGUCGAUGUCGCGACCCCAAGUCCAAUUCGUCCUGUACCAAACGCACUCCAUUGUGGGCACCGAAAACGAGGAUAUGGUGAAGCACGUCGUUGAAUUGAUUAAUAAAUUGGCCUUGGAGAAGCAUCGCAAUGCCUACAAGGAGCAGAAGCGAUUGGAGGCUAUAGCCGAAGCGGAGGCAGCCAAUAUUCCCGCGGCUGCAAUGAGCAAGGAUUCGCCCAGGAAGAAGGAUAAGCCCUCCACGCAACCGGAACUUCCGGCUCCGGGAACGCCGGCAUCAACGGCACCUCCUCUGCCAAGAGUAGAUAGCAUUGAUCUGAUAGUUACCCCCGAUAUCGAUGAGUUUGUGCAGGAUAUAGUCCCAGAUAUAUGCAUCAAUCAGGAUAAUUGCAUUAAGCAGCAGACCACGGGUAGUUAUUUAUCCCUGGUUCGCCGGAAAACCUUGACUCAUCUGAAUGAAAAGUACCUCAUUCGUCGGGCGGAACAGAGAGGACUCUUUGGAAAGACCGAAAAGGAAGCCAAGGAUAAGUCCAGACCCAAGACUGUGAAACUUCAGGAACAGCAAUCGGAACCUGCACCCCAGGAUUUGGGUUACGAUUCUAGGAACUCUGCCCAUCGAUCCAGUGCCCAGCAAAUACUCCAGCGUCUGCAGCGAUCGACGAGCGCCAGCGCGAUCCGUUCGCACCUGACCAAGGUAUCAUCGACAUACCGCCGCCCCAUCGCCUUCAACUUUAUACGGCGCGAGUGCAAGCGUUUCUACGUUUUGCCCGUCUACAUGAACAGCACCAAACAGAGCAUUCGAUUAUGGUGGCAAUACGCGUACAAAUGCGUCACGCCCUCCGCCUCAGCCGAUGCGGCAUGGAAUCCGAAUCUGAAGUUUAGACUACACUGUAGCCGCCAGCUGCGCAUCCGGAAAUUGAGACGUGGUCCGUGGUCCAGGAGGCAGCCACUCCGGUUGCAUAUCAAUGACAUCAAGCUAUUGUGCCAGGUGCGCAGGCGAAGUAAAUAAAGCUUUAGGGCUUCUAGACGUAAUUCCUAGUUAAAUUAUGGUUUAAUCAAAAUUCCACAGAAAAUUCUGUUUGAAAUUGGAACUUAAAAUCUUGCCGCCUUUCGAGGGCAUUGCCAUACACUUGAAACUUAUCGAUAAAAUGUCAGUGUUGAAUAAAAAUUCAAUACAAAUUUUAAA